AUGCUUGUAGGACACCGACCCCGGCUAACGGUGCUUGAGAUGAGAAGUCAAGCCGGUGUACGUGGGAUCCUUCUACCAGCACAGAGCGGUGCAGCUUGCUGGAAGGGGGCAACGCUGUUGCAGCGCCGUGGAUGCCGCAGGCAGGGCGAAAUGACUUCGUCGAUGGCGGCAUUAUCAAACGCUUCGCGAGACGGCCGAGACCCGAUGACAACACUCACGGAUGUUUUUAAGGCUCAUCCAUCCGCGCUUCGCUUGCAUCGGGAGCUAACAAUUUGUCUUUCAAAUGGUGAGGCGAAGAGGGCUGCGGAUCUUGCGUCUGUACUCGCAGAAACUGUUAAGCGCGUCUGCAAACAAAUGAGAGAAGGGACCGAGGAGAAGACAGAAGGCACACCACUUUCUACACCCGUCGGCCCUUCUGAAACAACGGCCGCAAAUGAUGUCAAGGAGUAUGCGCUUCCCGUGGGGCCGGAAGACAUUGAAUUCUCAACGGAAGCAACGCGUCGUUAUGUCCUUGAUAAACACUCCGAUGACAGCGCCGAGGCAUUCAUCAAGGCUGAGAGAGAGCACCCCCGUUCAGGAGAUUCAGGUAUCCCUGUUUGUGGUAACCCACCCUUCUGGAAGCAGCCGAGUGCGUUGCGGGUAACGCUGCUAGAGACCUCUUUUGAGAUGACGCUGACUGAUGGCGAGGAUGCCGAGAAUCCGCUUUGUCCACGAAGUACGGAGGUGGAAGAGCAUGAAAAGAAUAGGAUGGCUCUUCUGGACGAAUACUUGACACGAGAGAAGAAACGUUGGGAACUGCAGAAGGGGGCUAUUGGGCGUGCUGUGCUCACGACGGCGCAAACACUCGGCCUCACGCCAGAACAUCUUCACAGUGCACUGGGGGAGAAGAGUGGCACUACACAUAUUGCAGGCCAGGAUGGGCGUUUUAGUGUCCUGAAACACUGCAACUUAAUUAUACGGGGAGAGGCACCAGAGGUGGAACUUAUGGCGAAGGAGGCGGCUGGACGUGUGCGGGCAGCGGCUGAGGAAGAGCUUGAGGUGCUUGCGAGCCGCAUGGAGAGACGUGGGUUACCGCUCACACCACAAGAGAGGGAGCUAGCAUUAUUUGAGCUUGUUUUGACAAAAAGUAAAAUGCGGUACGUUGUUGGCCUGCAUCGCGAGUUACAGGUGGCGUUGGACGCUUGUGAGGCUCUUCGGCGCGAGGCCUCUCAACAGCGAAUUUUCUCUGGUUCAGAAUUUUUUACUCAGAAAGUUGUUGAGAAACUUAACAAGGUCGCACCUGAUGAUAGUGAGACGAGUGCAGAAGACGUUGAGCUGAUUGAGAUCCUCUCUGCGCCGGUGCUACCCUUUACAUUUAUGCUUAAAAUGUGCCUUUGGUUUGAUGUCCCUCGCGAUGCAUAA